GGAAGGAAGCUGGGAAGGAGCGAGCGAGCGGGGGCGCGAGGCGUUUACCUGGAGGCAGUGGCUUGGGCGCGCAGAGCGGCCGCGGCUCCCCCGCACCUGCGGCCAUGGAUGAGGAGCGCGCCCUCUACAUCGUCCGGGCCGGCGAGGCGGGGGCUAUCGAGCGGGUCCUAAGGGAUUACAGCGACAAGCAUAGGGCUACUUUCAAAUUUGAAUCAACAGAUGAAGAUAAAAGAAAGAAACUCUGUGAAGGCAUAUUUAAAGUCCUUGUAAAGGACAUCCCAACAACAUGUCAAGUGUCCUGCCUGGAAGUUCUCCGCAUUCUCUCCAGAGACAAAAAGAUUUUAGUUCCUGUAACAACUAAGGAAAAUAUGCAGAUACUGUUGCGACUAGCCAAGCUAAACGAGUCAGAUGAUUCUUUGGAGAAGGUGUCAGAGUUCCCAGUUAUUGUGGAGUCAUUAAAAUGUCUGUGUAACAUUGUGUUCAACAGUCAGAUGGCACAGCAGCUCAGCCUGGAACUUAACCUUGCUGCAAAGCUCUGUAACCUUUUGAGAAAGUGCAAGGACCGAAAGUUUAUCAAUGACAUUAAGUGCUUUGACUUGCGCUUGCUCUUCCUCCUGUCACUUUUGCACACCGACAUCAGGUCACAGUUGCGCUAUGAGCUCCAGGGACUACCGCUGCUAACCCAGAUCUUGGAAAGUGCCUUUAGCAUCAAGUGGACCGAUGAGUAUGAAUCGGCCAUAGACCAUAAUGGACCUCCUCUCUCACCUCAGGAGACAGACUGUGCCAUUGAGGCCCUCAAAGCUCUCUUCAAUGUGACAGUAGACAGUUGGAAGGUGCAUAAAGAGAGUGAUUCUCAUCAGUUCCGCGUCAUGGCAGCUGUCCUUCGCCAUUGUUUACUAAUCGUAGGUCCAACUGAAGACAAAACAGAAGAGCUGCACAGCAAUGCAGUCAACCUUUUAAGCAAUGUUCCAGUCUCUUGUUUGGAUGUUCUCAUUUGUCCAUUAACCCAUGAAGAAACAGCCCAAGAGGCAACGACUCUAGAUGAACUGCCCAGUGAUAAAACAGCUGAGAAAGAAUCAGUUUUGGAAAAUAAUACCAUGGCAUACAAUGGUAUGAAUAUGGAGGCCAUUCAUGUUUUACUCAAUUUUAUGGAGAAGAGAAUAGACAAGGGAAGCAGCUAUAGAGAAGGUCUAACUCCAGUUCUCAGCUUAUUAACUGAAUGUUCCCGAGCUCAUCGAAAUAUCAGAAAAUUUCUCAAAGAUCAGGUUUUACCACCAUUGAGGGAUGUGACAAACCGGCCUGAAGUUGGCUCAACUGUGAGAAAUAAGUUGGUGCGCCUCAUGACACAUGUUGACCUUGGAGUUAAGCAGAUUGCUGCUGAAUUCCUUUUUGUCCUUUGCAAAGAGAGAGUGGAUAGCCUGCUGAAAUACACUGGCUAUGGAAAUGCUGCAGGACUGUUGGCGGCCAGGGGCCUCCUGGCUGGAGGAAGAGGAGAUAAUUGGUACUCAGAGGACGAGGACACAGACACUGAAGAAUACAAAAAUGCAAAACCAAAAGAGGAGUUGCUUAAACCAAUGGGACUAAAGCCCGAUGGGACAAUAACGCCUUUGGAGGAAGCGCUCCACCAGUACUCGGUCAUCGAGGAGACCAGCUCGGACACAGACUGAGCGUGUCACCUGCUGGACUCGCAGUGCUGCUUUUAUUGGCAUCUUUCUCUGUAGCUCCAGGGAGAUCUUUUCUCUAAAACAUUUAUGCCCUUGCUUUGGCUAGAAACACAUUAACUGGUUUACUCAUUGAGAAUCCAGCAUAUUUAAGGGGUGAUCCUGUGUGUUUUGCAAUAUGGAGGCAUCCAUACAGAGCUGCAGUUAGAUGGAGUUACAGGGGCUAGAAGCGGAAACAGACACUUCCCUUUUCUCGGCGUGGAACUGAAGGCCUUCUUUCUGUAAAGCAGCCUGGCUGGAUCUGGCAGUCCUGUUUGCCAAGACGCUUAGCAGAAGAUUUAGCCACGUCGUCCUGUCAUUUGUGUGAGCUGCCCCUUCUGACUCUCGCAGGCAGAUGGAGGCAAGUGAGGAACAGACUGAGCUGUCAAAAAGGGCCAAGGCAAGUGACUUGUUGGUCAGGACUGACACAACGGAAGCCAAGCAGCUGCUCCAGGAACCUAGCACCACUCUUCAUUUUAGUUUUUUAUGAAUAUAUAGAAAUAUACACACACAAACACACACAGGGCCCCAGACUCGCAAACUGAUUAUACUCUGUAUGUCACUCACUGAGAACUUCAGAAUAUGUUUCUCCCUGUAAAAAGUGAUAAAUGAUGGUUUAGUUACCAGGCAGCUACGAAUGCCUAUUUAUUCCCUAACGUACCUGAACACUAGUACCGCGGGACGGGACCACCGUCUGUAUGUGUUUUGUAUGGGGAGCCUGUGUUCUGAGGUCUAACUCGGGGUG